UCGACUUUUCUUGACCCAAAACGCCGGUGGAAUUUUGUCUGCAACGGCUACAAACACAGAAUGAAAAGAAGAAAAAAAUCACUUUUCCUACAGAGUACAGGCUUGGAUUUAGAUCCUGAAAACUAUUAUGGAGGGGAUUUGUGCUGGUUCUGAUGUUGACAGAAUCAGUGACCUCCCUGGCAAUGUGAUAGCUUACAUCUUGGCAUGUUUACCAUUAGAAGAUGCUGUGAGGACCGGUAUCCUGUCACAGAAGUGGAAGGAACAAUGGUACAAGGUGCCGAGAAUUAUAGUUGAUGAGAGCAUUUUCCAUGAACGAUAUAAAGCAGAAAUGGAGGGCAUUAUCAGUUAUAUUCUUACUCAACAUGAAGGGAAUUUAAAGAAAUUUUCUGCAUAUGUGGACCAAGUGAAAGACCAUCACAGCAUGAAGUUGUGGAUAUUUAGGCUAUCCCAGAAGUCUAUUCAGGAAUUUACAAUCCUAAUCCAGAAGGGUCGCUGCCAUGAAGUCCCAUCUGAUUUGUUUUCUUUACAGCAGCUGAGAGAGUUGAAUCUCCGCCAUUUGAAGGUUCAACUACCACAUUCGUUCAAAGGAUUUCAUAAUCUUGUUUUCCUUCGGUUAGUCAAAGUCGACAUAACACCUUCUGCAUUUAAUAAGCUUAUUGCUAGCUGCCUGCACCUUGAAGAAUUGGUAUUACAGAAGUUGAAUUGUAUUGGCCAUCUUCAUAUCAAUCUCCCAAGUCUCAAGAACUUCUCAUUUAACGGAGAAUUCAAAUCUAUCUCUUUUCAGACUCCACUUCUUGAGGUAUUGUCUAUCAAUUUAUUCUGGAUUGGUUCUGAGAAUAAUCCGUUUGAUCUAAGAUUCAAAUUCCGUGGUUUGCCAUCUGCAAUUAAGGAGCUUUACGUCCGAUGCCAAUUUCAGAAGUUCUUGGCUGCAGGGGAUACAUUCACUCAAGUUUCAACUUCUUACAAGCAUCUCAAGACUCUUGAACUGAGGAAAUUUUGUUUUGAGAAGUUAGACGAUAUCUCAUGUUUCAUUUCUUUGAUGGAAAGCUCCUUAAACUUAGAAAUAAUUGAUAUAACUGCUUGCGACUGUGAAAAUGGAGCUGAAUCUGAAGCAGUUUUAAAAUUUUGGGAAGACCGAAAAAAUUCUUCGUUGUCGUUUAAGCGGUUGCAGAAGGCAACAGUACGGUCAUUCCGCGGUAAAGAUCAUGAGGUGAAGUUUAUCGAAUUUCUUCUGGCUAAUUCACAUGUGCUCAGGGAUAUGACUGUUGAGUGCAUGGAUAAUCCUGAUUUUGAUGAGGAUGAAAUAAAAGCAGUCCGCCUCUGGUUUUGUCAGGGUUCCUCAAAAUUAAAGUUCAUUGGAGAUAACUAUGAUUCGAGCAGUGAUGAGUCAUGAUUCGUCAGAUUCCGACAACAACUCAAUUGGUUCUUUCUCUUCUGGUAUUAAUUUGCUAGUUAGCAUCCAAACUUAACUUAGUUCUGUUUUCUAGAGGGGAGAAAUAGAUAUGUGAAUAUGUUUGAUCUGAAUUUUUUUGUACAUGAUUUGGUUUUAGAAUCUGUCAUUUGGGAGGUAGGGUUGCAUUCA